AUGAUGAUCGAUAAUAGUAUCGAUACAGAACGUACAGCAUUUAUUUGUCCUGAAUGCAGUUUUAAUGGGACAAGUUUACCAGAAUUAAUUAGUCAUUUAAAUGAAGCGCACGGUGAAGAAACUGCUAGUAAAAGUGAAGCACCACCAAAGAAUGUAUUGUUAUCAUCAACUGAAAAACGAUCGAGACGUAAACCAGCAUUUAGUCAUCAAAUUAUAUCUCAAGCACCGCGGCAAUCAUUACCGUUAUUUAAACAAUCGAAUGUCGAUCCAGGUUCUAUUCAUUUUUGGAAUCGUGUUAUUACCACUGACAAAAAUGAUCGAAGAUUUGCCGAGACUAAUGUAAUUCGUGACGAAAAUUUCUCACAUUCAAAUCUAAGUCCACAACGGCCGAUAGCACCAAAACUUACAAAUAGCCCAAUCAAACCAAUUACUUCUACCGCAGAUCUUCCAUCAACUUCGAAUUUUUCUUCAACAAUUCAACCAAUUCAAAAGAAUUUUCAAUGUCGAAUUUGUCAUUUAACUUAUAAAAACUUCCAUGAUUGUACAGCACAUAUACGUCGAAAACAUGAGAUAAAUCAUAUACAAGCUGGCCGAUAUGUUGGAAAACUUGAUACCAAUGUAUCACUACCACCGUCAGCAACUGGACAUUAUAAAAUACGACUCAAAGUAAAAUCAUUACCUCCACCACCUCCACCAAAAACAACAAUAGAUAAUUUCACUAAAACAUACCAAUGUAAAUAUUGUUCAUAUACAACACCAUGGUUAAAACAUAUUUCACAACAUGAAAUGCAACUUCAUAAAAAUUAUUCUUCGUUUACUCAAGAUGAUGUCAUUCAUAAUAAUAAUAAUAAUAAUAAUAAUAGUAUUGAUAACGAUAAUGGUUUAUCCGCAUUAUUAAUUGAUAAUGUACAAUCAUAUGGUGAAGUUCUUCCAAAUGGAAACGAUGAAAUGAUUGUGAUUGAAGAAGAUAUUGACGAUGAUGAAGAUGACGCUCUUUGGAAAUAUCAACAAGAAAUUAAUAAUCUAUCGGAAUCGGCACCAAAUAGAAUUUCAUUUUCAAAAUCAUUUAAAAAAUUUCAGUGUCCACAUUGUGAACAUUCCUCACCAACAUUAACUAAACUUAAACUUCAUAUUGCAACACAUAUUAAUAUUAAACCAUUUAUGUGUUCAAUUUGUGGUUGGCGUGCAAAUCUUCGUUGGUAUAUUCAGUGUCACGCGAAGAAACGUCAUCCAAAUCAAAAUUUUGAAGUCUUACAAUUAUCUCAUGAAGAAGCUGAACAAACUAUAAAUGCCUAUAUGAGAGAACGAGCGUUUGAUACGAAAUUACAUAGUCGUCAUGAUUCCAAACAUCAAUAUCAAUGUUCGUUAUGUCAAUUUCGUUCGAAUCAUCCUCGAUUUAUUGAACAACAUAUCGAAGCAAAUCAUACAAAAACAAUAAAAACAAAUAAUAAUCAUUCAAAUGGAAUUCAAACUGAAACAAAUUCACAAUCUUUAACAAAUCCAGCAAAUGUUGUUUAUCAGAAAUUUUCGUCUCAUCCAAAUUUUAACCCAAAUCGUUUAUAUUAUUGUUCAUUAUGUUAUCGUGGCUAUCGUUGGCGUUAUGAUGUUAAACGUCAUCAUAAAACAAUGCAUGAAACAGCUGCUGAUGAAUUAUCAAAAAAUCGAAAUUUUCACUAUUUAGAAUAUGUUCCACAUCUCGAUAGUCUUAUUUCGGCAACGAUGUCAAGUAUAAAUAAUCAAGUGAGACAUGAAAAUGAAGUAGCAGGCGAUAAUGACGAUGGCGAUGAUGAUGAUAAUGAUGAUGAUGAUGACUUGAAAAUAAGUAUAGCCGAUGCAAGAACAGUCGAUGUUACUGACGAUGAAGCUGCUGCAUUGUUAAUGCUUGAACCGCAUAAAUCUGAUACAAAUCCCAUUGUUGUUGAUGAUGAUCAUCCUGAAGAUUCCGUUAUUAUAUUUGAAGAUGAUAGAAUAGAUAAAUCAAUAUCUAGCACACCAAAAUCAUCUUCUCGUCCAUCAUUCAAACCUUAUCGUUGUCCGUAUUGUUUUUAUCGUACGAAUUGGCGUACCGAUUGUUUACGUCAUAUACGAGCACGUCAUAAAAUUGAACCAAAUAUAAAUGGUUAUUAUGAAAUGUCUAGUGAUGAAGCCGAAAAAUCCUUUAAUGAAUAUGAACGAACAUAUGGUUUUGUUGUUUCCAAGAAAGUUUUAGCUCGUUUCACAGAUUUUCAUCAAAUUAAAUGGGAAGAUCUUAAAAAAUCGAUUUGGGAAAAAAUAAAAGAUAAAACUGGUUUUGAACAAUGUAUUUAUGAUCGUCUUCGACCUGAUAUUUAUAAGUCAAUAAAACCUACAGAGAUAUCCAUAACAACACUACCACCACCAGUAGCAACAACAGCAACAACACAGUCGUUGCCACUACCACCACCACUUAUUGUAACAAUUCCAAAUAAACUGUCUUUGAUGAAACCCAAACGAAUGUUUACUUGCAUGGACUGUGCAUUUCAUUCAUAUAAAAUUCAUGAAUUAGAUAAACACAUGUGUUCUAAAAUUCAAAAAUCCCAACAAGGAAAAUCUCAUGGAAAAUUUGUUGCUUCUCUAUACGAAUGUAUGAAAUGUUCGUAUCGAACAGUAAAUAAAAAUUAUAUGCAACAACAUAUUUAUCUUCAUCGAUUGAAAUCUACUCAGAAAAAUGUUUUUUAUUAUUGUUUAUCUUGUGGAUACAAUCACCAAUGUCGAACAAAGAUUGUUGUACAUAUGGCAAAAAGUCAUCCAAAGAAAAAUUCUUCGAAUAAUAUAACUCCGUGUCAUUAUGAAGAUAAUGCCGAUUUUUCAAUAAGACAAACUAUGUUAAGACGAUCGUUUAUUGAACAACAAUUGCAAAAGCCACGAACUUUUUAUUGCACUUAUUGUCCACAUAUAUCAAUUAAUAUCUUAGAAUAUGAUCAUCAUAGAUCAUGCCAUAAAGAAAAACAAUUGAAUUCGUAUAAAUGUCAGCAUUGUUCGUUUUCAUCAAAUUCACUACUCUAUACUAAUCAACAUGCGCUAAUUCAUUCGAAAGAAGCUCGAUUAGUGUUAUCCGAUAGUGAUAUGAAAAAUUUGAAACAACUUCCUGUAUCAACAAUUUAUAAAGAAAUUCUUGGUAAAAGCAAUAGAUACAAUUGUCCAUUUUGUACAAGAUUUACAUCAAGUUACUCGUCAGCAGUACUACAUCAUAUUAAAAAAACUCAUGCUGGAAACAGCAAUCAAUUUCAUGGAAAUUUAAUAUUUGGUUCUGAUAUGGCCAAAGAGAUCCUACUGCUAGGAGAUACUGUGCGUAACACUCAUCGAAUGGAAAUCAAUUGA